GAGGAGGAGGAGGAGCAGCAGGGAGCGGCCGCCGCCGAGGACGCGGCGGAGGCCGAGAUCAUCCGGCUGCUGAAGCGAGCCAAGUUGAGCAUUAUGAAAGAUGAGCCAGAAGAAGCUGAGCUAAUUUUGCAUGAUGCUCUUCGUCUUGCCUAUCAGAGCAAUAACAAGAAGGCCAUCACUUACACUUAUGAUUUGAUGGCCAACUUAGCAUUUAUACGGGGUCAGCUUGAAAACGCAGAAGAACUUUUUAAAGCGACAAUGAGUUACCUGCUUGGUGGGGGAAUGAAGCAGGAAGACAAUGCAAUAAUUGAAAUCUCCCUAAAGCUGGCCAGUAUCUAUGCUGCUCAGAAUAGGCAGGAAUUUGCUCUUGCUGGCUAUGAAUUCUGCAUUUCAACUCUAGAGGAAAAAAUUGAAAGAGAAAAGGAAUUAACAGAAGACAUUAUGUCAGUGGAAGAGAAAGCCAGUACCCACCUCCUCUUGGGCAUGUGCUUAGAUGCUUGUGCUCGCUACCUUCUGUUCUCCAAGCAGCCAUCACAGGCACAGAGGAUGUAUGAGAAAGCUCUGAAGAUUUCUGAAGAAAUACAAGGAGAAAGACACCCACAGACCAUUGUGCUGAUGAGUGACCUGGCUACUACCCUGGAUGCACAGGGCCACUUUGAUGAGGCCUAUAUUUAUAUGAAAAGGGCAUCAGACCUGGCAAGACAGAUAAAUCAUCCUGAGCUGCACAUGGUGCUCAGUAACCUAGCUGCAAUUUUGAUGCACAGAGAACGAUAUACACAAGCAAAAGAGAUCUACCAGGAAGCACUGAAGCAAGCAGAACUGAAAAGAGAUGAGGUUUCUGUACAACACAUCAGGGAAGAGCUGGCUGAGCUGUCAAGAAAAAGUAGACCUCUGGCUUAAUUUUAUCAAGCACUAAAUCCAUUUUUGUUGUAGGGAGAAUAAUUUCCAUUAACCCAGAGGAAUAUCAAUGGCUUAAAUCCUUUGUUCUUGAUAUUCAGGUUUCUUCAACUUAGCCUUGGUGAAGGACAAGUUGUAUACACUGCCACUUUUGUUUUUAAAGGAAAAACAAUUUUCACCCUCUACUGAUUACAACCUCCAAGGACUGAUGUCAACUGAUGCUUUCAGUGGUAACAUGAUUAGGUGCUGUUCAUGCUGGUCUAAAUGUACUUAUCAUUAACAUGGGCCAGUUCUCCUCUGGGGUGUGGGUGUGUGGGUGUGUGGUAAUUCAGCUGGCAUCUCUACCGAAUGACUGUGGUCCACUGAUUUGCUGCCCUGUCUUCUUUUUGUCAAUAUCUGGCAGUCCAGAGUACCUGUCUCAUGGCAAAGGGGGACUGUGGAAUGUGUACUGCUGGUAUAGUAGAACGACUGACCUGGAUUCCAGUCCUUGCUUUUUGAUUUUGGGAUCUCAAUGUCCUCAUCUGUGAAGUGAGGAACAAAUAAGAUUCUUUCUUAUGGAAAAGGUAUUUGAUCAGAUGACUUUAAAUGAAUAGACUGCUGUGAUGAAAGAGCUUUAUCACACUGCCUCAAAGUAUAUAAAUACAAGAUACAUAAAUGGGUGUUCUUGCCUCAGCAGUCCUACAAAAUAGCUAUUUACUUAUGGGAAAAAGACAGUUUUUGUAGGUACCACGAAGGAACACUGAUAUUGGUGGUAUGCCUGUGGGGGUGAAGUACUGAUAUACUGAUAUUUUUGGCUCAUAUGUACUUACUGGAAGAAUCUUUUCAUAAUAAAAUAGAGGCUAUACAACAGUA